AUGAACGACUCUUUGUCUGGACCUGGCUCCAACCUGGCGCCCCUGGACUCUGCCCUCGUCAUUGUGGGCGUGUCUUUACAAGUCAGUGUGGGCGUGUCCUCUACAGGUCAUUGUGGGCGUGUCCUCUACAGACAGGGGGACAAGUCCGACAGCACCUUCAUCGUCCUCAGUGGUCGGCUGCGGUCGGUUAUUGCAAAGGAUGAUGGGAAAAAGGAGCUGGCGGGAGAGUACGGCCGUGGGGAUCUGAUCGGCGUGACGAGUCCAAUUUACCUCAGAACAGCCUCAGGUCCAACUCCAGCGUUUCUCUUUUUAAAAACCCAAACGGUGAAACGUCGGAGUGUGGGAGGCGAUGAGGAAGAGGAGUUUCUGCAGACGAAGACGAAGGUUCAGUCUGUGAUGAAGAAGAGGAGUUUCUGCAGACGAAGAUUAGUCUGUGAUGAGGAAGAGGAGUUUCUGCAGACGAAGGUUCAGUCUGUGAUGAGGAAGAGGAGUUUCUGCAGACGAAGGUUAGUCUGCGAUGAGGAAGAGGAGUUUAUGCAGACGAAGGAAGAGCUGGGGUCCACAGGAAGGGCUGGGGUCCACAGGAAGGGCUAUGGGGUCCACAGAGGGCUAGGGUCCACAGGAAGGGCUAGGGUCCACAGGAAGGGCUGGGGUCCACAGGAAGGGCUGGGGUCCACAGGAAGGGCUGGGGUCCCCAGGAAGGGCUGGGGUCCACAGGAAGGGCUGGGGUCCACAGGAAGGGCUGGGGUCCACAGGAAGGGCUGGGGUCCCCAGAGAAGGGCUAGGGUCCACAGGAAGGGCUGGGGUCCACAGGAAGGGCUAGGAUCCCCAGAGAAGGGCUAG